AUGGCUUUUUCAUCUUGUGCUACUCCUGGUUACUCUACUCCUCCUUUCUGUCUACGAAAUGGCAUGGUUUCGUCACUCCCAAAGUGUCAGGUGCGGAUUGAUCAUCGAGUUGGGUUGUCAUUUUUGCCUAAAACGGGUUUCCGGGCCCGAAAGAACCCUUCUAAUCUGCGAGUCUUCUGUCUCCGUGAUACCACAGCAGCAGUUGUUACGGGCAAGUCAUGGGAGAAACUGGUUUUGAAUAAUGAUACCCCAGUACUUGUCGAGUUUUAUACCAGUUGGUGUGGCCCCUGCCGGAUGGUCCAUCGUGUGAUUGAUGAGAUUGCGACGGAUUAUGCCGGGAGAUUAAAAUGCUUUGUACUCAAUGCAGACAGUGAUUUGCAAGUUGCUGAGAAUUAUGAUAUUAAGGCUGUGCCAGUGGUCUUGCUGUUCAAAAAAGGUGUAAAACUUGAAUCUAUCAUUGGCACCAUGCCCAAGGAGUUCUACAUUGCUGCCAUUGAAAGGGUGUUAGCUUCAUAA